UGUUAGAAUCACCUUUGGCAGCGAUUACAGCUGUGAGUCUUUCUGGGUAAGUCUCCUUUGCCCACCUGGAUUAAUUCAUUAGUAAAAAUGUGUCAAAACAUAAUUCCACUUUAACAUUAUGUGGUAUUGUGUGUUUGCCAGUGAUGCAAAAUAUACAUUUAAUCCAUUUUAAAUUCAGGCUGUAGCACAACAAAAUGUGGAAAACGUCAAGUGGUGUGACUAUUUUCUGAAGUCACUGUAUAAAAACAUACUUUGUUUAUUAUGACAAGUUGAGCUUCAAACCUUCAGUGAAAUAGAGAUUAUGUAAAAAUCUACUAGUGAUAAUGACCUGUAAUGAGGUCAAAAUGUCACACUUUGACACAUGUAAAUUGUCUUCCCUUUACUUAUCCAUGCAUUUUACUACACUCUUGCGCUCUGCUCGUACUAUGCUGCAUUGCUUCCAUGAUUCAUUUAGACUUAGAAAAGCAAAGGCUCAUCUGUCAUUCUUUACUCAACAGAACAUGCUUUUUUUUUUUUUAACUAAACCUAGUUAAAGAGCAUAUUCUGUACUGUAAUAUACUGUAAACCAAUGUAUUUUACAGUGACACACAACGACAUUACUUUAUGUUUGUUCGUCUCGACUAUGUAAAAAACAAUGGAGGCUGCUGAGGGGAGGAAGGCUCAUAAUAAUGUCUGGGAAUAGAGCGAUUGGAAACCAUGUAUUUGAUGUAUAUGAUACCAUUCCACUUAUUCGGCUCCAGCCAUUACCAUGAGCCUGUUCUCCACAAUUAAGGUGCCAUCAACAUGUGGUGAAAAACCAUGCCACUCACUAGCACCCUCUGCAAUUAGCAUCAUGCUAACAUCUCCUGGUAGUGCUGCAGUGUGUGCAUAGCCAUAGCCGCAGGAAUUAGGGGUGCUGAGGAUGCUGCAACAUCCCCAGAAAAAUCUGAAUAGAAAAAUAUAUAAUAUAACAAUUGUAUUUAUUUAUUUUUUUAACAAAAUUAGUGCACUGGGCCUUUACUGGUAUUAGUGGACCAAUAUAUACCUGUGUAGUGCAGGCAACAACAAAAAAAUCAGCAUCUCUGCUUUGACAAAAAAGGUUUAAUUAAGAACAGUAUCUUGCAGGAUUCAAUAGUUGGAAUUGUAAGAGUUGUUGCCCUGUCCCUUCUUCUGCGAUUAUCAUUUAAUGGAAUCUAGAAAGAACAAAACCCUGUCCUCAAACAUUUACAUCAAAAGGUGCAAAGUUAUGGGUAAAGACACAACGCAUCCUCAUCAAAUAAAAUAUUUUUCUUGAAAUAACACUUUUUAAUCCGUGUUAAUUUACCAUCCUUACAAACCACUUAAUGUAAAUGUAGAUUACUGCAUUGUACAUAGGGUGGUCAUCUAGGUUUGUACCUGUAGACUUUCCAUCACCAUGAAGAUAAACAAUGUACAAUACAGUAAUUGAGUACAUUGAGUCAUCAAGUGGAUUGUGAGGAUGUAAUUUUAUCAUGUGGCUCAGUUGGUAGAGCAUGGCCCUUGCAAUGCUAGGGUUGUGGGUUUGUUUUCCAUGGGGGACAGGUACGAUAAAGUUAGAAAAUGUAUGCACUCACUAUUGUAAAUUGUUCUGGAUAAGAGCGUCUACUAAAAGGGAAGAGGAAUAAAUAGACCAUUUCAGUUUUCACAUAGAAAUAAGUUGCAUUUGUAUUUCAAGAAACUGGAAAACAUAUAUUAAGCAAGUUACCGUACAAUCAAAUACAUUUAGUUUCAUUUUUUUCACAAAAGUAACUGGGCCUUUACUAGUCCUGUACUAGUGGACCAAUAGCCUAUAGACUUGUUCAGCGCAGACAAAAACAAAAAAAAAUGUAAUAAUUUGCUGCCCCCCACCCCCAAACUACUUCCCACGGCUAUAUGCAUAGGUUUCAUCUACUAGCACUUUGUACUGUAUUCAUGAGCUAUCUGUGUUGGGUUGGGGUCUAUUCCAACAAAAUGAUAACCAAAAGUAAACAGCAAUUUUGUCAAUUGGCUAAAUUAAAAAUCAAAUUGACCACAAAUCUGAUAUGUACAGGAUACACAGAUACACAUUAUCUUUUCUGUUUCCAGGAGAUGGUCUCUUUUCCAGUCAUAUACUAUAUUACAUAGAUAGAAGUAGAGUGUUUACAGGUCGAUCAUCCCACCACAACACAAUUAGCUUUUGCACACAAGUUCUCCACAGAGCCACUGCCAUGCUCACCAAAAGCCAUAGUAAUGAACCAAUGUUACACCUUCACCCGCAUUGCUGUAUCAUUUUCACUAAGCUACGCUAAUAGUAUUUAUGUAACCACUGUGUAAAGACCCAUAAUAAAAUAAAAUACAUUGAUGCUAACACGCAAGCCUCUUGUCUAAUCUGUCCUGAUGAUAAUGUUGUGUGCUGAGGUUAAGCACCCUAUCUGCAUGUGUGAGCACCUGAGAAGAGAGGGAGGGAAGGGAGUGGGGAGAGGAAAUAGACGCAGGGAUGGUGGUGCGUACGUGGGAGAGGGGAGGAGGAGGGGACAGCUGAUAUUUAAGCCGCUGUCCGACUCUCUCCUCAUCCGUCUUUCCUUGUCUCUCUCUCUCUCUCUCCCUCUUCACCAAAGACAAAGGAGGCCCUCCAUCAGCACUCCAUCAGGUAAGAUGGAUAGAUUAGAGGACUGUUGUGCCCUUCUCCAUUCUCCUUCUCUGUAACUGAUAAAUGUUUUCUGGGAUCAGUUUAACAAUGUUUUUAUAUGUGCUUUGUGAAUAGUGGAACACUGGUAUUUUUCACGGUAAGAUACCCAGGGCUGAGGGGCACCUUGGUAUCCAGAGCAAUAAGACUUAAUGGGGCAAUAAGUUGAGCUCAUCACCUCAAACUACAAUUGGUUUGCCUUUUGUAAAGGAGGUUUAAAAAGUUUAGUUGGUUUUAACUUUUUAUAUCUGAAAUAUCUUAAUUUUAAGAUAAAAUAGUCAACUGUCUAUACGGGAAAUUGUUAAAAGGGUGAAAAUAAAUGUACUUUAAGAGGAAUCUGUUGGAGAAGCAUUUUUCUGCAAUUAUUCCAGAGCUCAGUAAUAUUUUACUGUCUACAGUUGGGUCGCCAUGGUUUCCCAUUGUCUUCUGUCCAUCAAUGGGGCAGCUGACCCCUAUAGACUUUCCAGUCAGCUGUGGUGUCUCUUCUCUACUGACCUAUUUUCUUCUCUUCUGUCCUCUUCACUGACCUUACCUCUCUUUCUUUACUACUCAAAUGAGUGAUUUUAUAGCCUUCUAUGCUGCAGUUAUUUGAUUAAAAUUAGAAUUCCUCAGUAGAGGAUCUCCGAUUCAAAUUAUAUUGAGCACUUCUGUAUUAUUGAUCGCUCAGUGAACAUCUGCAAAAGGAAUAUUUUUCAUUUUUCAGAAUGGAUAGAGCCUGUCCUGAGCUCCUGAUUGUGAUUGCCAGGUGGUUUAUUUGCAUUAUACUUGCGGUUCCGUUCUGUCAUUGUUACAUGAUCGAUAUGAUUGUGAAACCCUGAGACCUCUAUCUCAAGUUACCUCAAUGACAUUACAUUUACUUAACAAGCAGCUUACAAGUCUGUCAACUGAGAAAGAUUUUUUUUUAAAUGGACCCUCUCACAAUGUUCGAAUUUGAAAAUGAUGUACAGUAUUAUGUUAUAAAACGUGACGGAAUUCUUGGUGUGUUCACACUAACCAUGUUGAACGCUUUUCACCCUAACUAUUAUGUGAGUCAGUGUCAUUGACAAAUCUGUGUCUGUGUGUGCACAGUCUUUCCAACGAAAUCAACUCAAGAAGAUUCCAAGAUGCCGGACACAAUGUGUGUAAGACUGUUGCUUUUCAAAAGCCGUCUCUUCGUCUCAUAUCCCUCACAUCUUUCACAUGUCAACCAAUUAAGGUUACAAAACACUGUCCAAUAGCCACUGUAUGUUGAGAAGGAAUAGCUCAUGUGUGGCCUGUAAUUUAAACUUUGCAUAUAGUAACCUAGGCAUAUAAUUGGGACACCUCUAGUUUGCUGAUAUUCUUCUGUCCGGUGUGUGUGUUUCACUCUGUCUCGGUGGAGGCUUCACACCCAUGUUCGUCAUGUGACCGCACAUGCGGCUGGGAUGGAGCGUGCAAACUGUCAUAGUGUCUGACCUAUGCCCUCUGCCCUUCCCUCCAGUAUGUCCAAGGAACCCUCUUCCAACCUGGAGAAUGCCAUGCAGAUGCUGAUCAAAACCUUCCACAAGUACUCAGGGAAGGAGGGUGACAAGUAUACUCUGAGCCGGGGAGAGCUGAGAGAGCUGUUAACAGAGGAGCUGGGGAGUUACCUAGGGAACGCCCGGGAUGGAGAAGGGGUUGAGAAGGUGAUGAACGACCUGGACGCCAACAGCGACGGUGAGGUGGACUUCACAGAGUUCAUCAUCCUGAUGGGAGCCCUGACAGUGGCUUGCAACGACUUCUUCAUGGAAUACAAGCCCGAGAAACUUGUCCACACACCCUUUGAGAAAAAGGAGGCAACAUCGGAGAAGAAAGAAUGAAGGAAAAAAGGGAGGAGUGGGGAGGGACUGGGAGGAGGGAAGGGGGAGAAGGAUGUGGAGGAACAGUAAAAGGGUACAAUUGAUGGUUGUAUGGUCAUGUUAUGCAAAUUUCUAAACCGUGCAAAUGAACUGUGUGAAAAGAGCCUGAGGGAACUUCACUUCACUAAGUAAGGUUUCGCUGAUGGAAGAACAGUGUGUUCCAUCUGCAACUAUCCAAAUACUUUUCAUACUGUAGUUAAGUCACAGAUCCGGAGUCAGUUACUCUGUGUCCUCAAAUGCAUGAGUGGCAGUAGGGGUCAGCAACAGGCGUCCUGUGGCAUGCGAGUGAUUUUAUUUGCCACCCCCUAAACUUUUUGGUGAAAAAUAUUUUCUGGUGAUUUUACUUUUUUACUGUAAAAUCACCAGGAAUUCAGCAAAAAUGUGUUUCAUUUAGGAAAUCUGUUCAAGUAUUCACACAAAGUUUUUUUUUUUUAAAUAUGUGAUCGUGUCUCAAUGUAAUCAAUGUAUGAAAUUAUUCAAAUACAAUCUCUUUUUGGGCUUCGUUGUGGUACAUUUGCUGUGUACAGAUUAUUUAAAUUAUGUUCCCAGCCCUCUGACCAUCCUCUCCAACAAAAAUCAACCCCCGGCUGAAUCUAGUUGCCUACCCCUGGUAUACAGGGUAGUAUGUGUGAGAUCAGUUGUGUUCUCUAUUCAGUCUCAAAUUCCAAAUCAACUGUUUAAAUGAUUUGGAUGCAUAUUCAGGAUGGAUUUAAUUGAAAAUAUGAAUUAUUUCAGUGGAUGUUAUUGUAACACACAAUGGAGUCAGAUCGGGGCCUAAAGCGCAACAGGGUGAUACUGUCAUGAAUAUAAAGAUGAUAUCAUAAAUAAUAAAUAUCUUAAAUAUUUAGAAUAGGUUAUGUACUCAGAGUUGAACAUUUUAAUAUAAUUUACAUUUCUUUGCACAUAUUUUGUAAUCUGUUUUUGGUAAUUACCAAUGUGUUCUUCCAAACAUUAAACAUGACAUUUAAUCAGC